UCGCAACACCCCGUGACAGCCUUCCGCGGGAAAUCCAGUUGCUUGCUGCGUGAACUGUAUUUUUCUUGUUUCAAAUACAAAAAUAACAACAGCAACUAUAUAACAUCUUACAACGUGAGUGCCAAACACGUUAUUGUUUGUGGACGUUGCUGAUACAACCAACAAAACAAAAUGUCAAAGAAGAAAGGACUAAGUUUGGAGGAGAAGAGAACUCGCAUGAUGGAGAUUUUCUUUGAAACGAAAGAUGUGUUUCAGCUGAAAGACAUUGAGAAGAUCGCCCCUAAGACGAAGGGCAUAACUCCCAUGAGUGUGAAAGAAGUGCUGCAGAGUCUGGUGGAUGACAACAUGGUGGACUGUGAAAGAGUGGGUACAUCCAACUACUACUGGGCCUUUCCCAGCAAGGCCCUGAACGCUCGCAAGCACAAACUGGAAGAGCUGCAAAAACAGAAUUCUCAAGCAAAGCAGCGGAAAGAGUCUUUACAGAAAGCAGUUGAAAAAGCGAAAGUGGGCCGUCAAGAUACAAAGGAGAGAAGUUCUAUCCUGGCGGAGUUGAAGGCUCUGAGAGAAGAGCGAACUCAGCUGCAGGCAGAGUUGGAGAAGUACAGAGAAUGUGACCCAGAAGUGAUUGAGGAGAUGAGAAAGUCAAAUGUUGUAGCAAAAGACGCUGUUUCCAGGUGGACAGACAAUAUUUUCUCCAUCAAGUCCUGGACAAAGAAGAAGUUUGCCUUUGAUGACAGCCGCAUUAAUAAAGCCUUUGGGAUCCCUGAGGACUUUGACUACAUGGACUGACUGCCAGCUUUUAGACCAUAGUUCAUGGUCACAAUAAGUGUUUAAGCCUCAGACUGAAGCCAGCAUUCCCGGUCUCAGCAGUUCUAGUUUAUGGUCCCUGUAUUAGAGGUAAGAUAAAUGCACCAAGAUUCAGAUUUAUGGGCUCCGGUGAGCUUGGAAUAAGGAUGAAUAUCAGUCAUUUUGCUGCUGUGGAGGGACUUCAUCAGAUGUGUUGCUUUGGUGCAACCAGAGAAGAGAAGCACCGACCAGUAGUGCGAUAACAACCUUUUGGGACACCUGUUUGCAUGAAAACUGAGAACCCCAAGCUGAUGAUGGAAAUUAAUCAACACUUAACACAUCUGUGUAGCCAGUGAUCUAAUUUAUAUGGUUUAAACAGAUGGUUUGGAAUCAAAUGCUUGUGUACUUUUCCUUUAUGUUUUCAUAUUUAUUUUUGUUUGGGGGGUAAAAAAAACCUUGUAAGCAACAACUUCAUUCAAAUGAAUUAAAUUACAGAGGAUAUGUUAUGUCUACAAGUGCUGUACAUUUAAUUUUUGCAGAACCUUAUGUUUCAAAUUAAAAGAGUUUUACAAGCUGUUUUCUGCAGUCAUACUCUUUCCAAAGCUUAGUGUGCAGCAUACAUUUACACAAGCCCUCCCAUCUUUUGUGCUUUCAUUUCUUUAGAAAUUACCCCUGCAACAUUGCAAAAUCUGUCACAAAAGUACAACUUUUUUUCAGCACUGCACACUCACUUUCUGGUUGAACAAAAAAAAAGGAACAAUGUUGUCAUGACACAUCUAGAAUGACUAUUGUCCUGCUUAUUGUCCUCCCUAUUUCUCUGUCAAACCAAACGUAAAACAGGUAGUUGUGUGUUUACUCAGUGACCUAGUUGCCAAUGUGUUGGGGUUUGUUCAUUUAAAUUUCAAUUGCACUCCAUGCUCAUCUUACUCAUCAGUUCUUUCCAGUAGAUGAAUGGUAUGCAAACAUAUGGUUAGUUCUCUGUUGAUUCAUAUCUUACCUUUUAUUUAUAAUGUUGUAUGUAAAGUUAUUUUUGUCAGUAAGCCAUUAAAGAGGAAAAUGUUAGUAUUAAGAGACAAAUAUGUGAACGAUACGCAUCCUUGCAAAAAUACUGUAGCCUACUGAUUAAAAGAUUUGGCAGUUUCCUAUUUAUAACGCUUACUAUUGUAUACUAUUGUAGUUAUUUAUACUAAUAAGGAUGGUCUGCCACUGAACGAUGUGCUGAUGCAAAUGUCAGUGCUCUUACAUGUUGUGUAUUGUGGUGACCCUAAGCUCCUUAUUAUAUGUGCACUGGUGACUAGCAACGCUGAUCCAGAAAAAUAAAACUAUUCUAAAUGCC